AGUUAGAAAAACUUCAAACUUAAAUAAAAAAAAGACAUGUAUAUUUUAAAUAUUGACUAAGAUAUUGUGCUCUAAAAAUAAUUCAAAAGGAUAGAUUUGGCAGUAAUUAUAGGUGGGAGGUAAACAAGCUUGUACAAUUGAUUUCGAAAAUUACAUGUUGUCCAGGUAUCAUCAUCGGUUGUUCUCUCUUUCUCAGCAGUAGAGGAGUGAUCACCCCUAAAGGGGUAUUUUGAUCAUGAAGGUUGGGACAAGUGAAUCGGAUGAAGAGCAUGAAGAAGGAGAUAACGUGUUUUAUGAGUUUGAUGACAAAUUCUGUUAUGAUGAAGAUUUAUCUUUUUUGGAUUUUCAUGCCAAUCGUAUGAUGAGAGAAAAUAUUGGUAAUGAAAUAUCAAAGAGCUAUGAAGAAUUGGGGAAUCGUACUAAGGGAUUGAAAAAAUCAAAGAAAAAAAUCUUGAGUUAUAUGCCUGGAUCAUGGAUUGAAAAGGUUGAUAGCAUGAAAUUAAGUGACUAUGAUGUGCCUCAAACUACAUCUCUCAUAUUAGUUGGUCCUAAAAGGUCUGGAAAAAGUUGUCUUAUCAAUAGAAUUUCAAGGGUUUUUGAGGUUGACAAGUUUGCACCAGAAAGAGCCCAAGUAUCAUAUAAUGAUUCUGUUGAAGAACCAAAUGUUGGAGAUGGAACUCUCUUCCUUCAUAAGUAUAUGAUUCCAAGAGGUUCAUCAUCAUUUUGUUUAUAUGACACUCGUAGUUUAUCUAAUGAUUCACAUGAAAACUUUAAAAUGUUAGAGCAUUGGAUGACUAAGGGUGUUUGUCAUGGGGAGCUUGUUAUAAGGGACUCAGAUAGUCUAAGUUUGAGGACUAGAAUGAAGUUUAAAGCUUACAAGAAAGGCUGCAUGUCCAAUGAGAGGAACAAGGUCAAUUUUGUUGUAUUUGUUGUUAAUGGAUAUUCGGUUUUGAAAUCAAUACAUGCCAAAGAUGAAGAUAAACAAUACGUCGAGCAGAUCGCAUCUGCAUUCAAUUGUCCAUUUGUGUCAUUCCGAGAUGACAAACCACUUGUUGUUGUUACUCAUGGUGAGCUGCUUGAAACCUUUGACCGUGUUUAUGUCCGGUUGUAUUUGGGAAAGCUACUGAGUAUUUCACCCACAAAACAGAUAUUUGAUAUCCCAGGUACACCUGAUCCAGAAACUGAUGUGGUGAUACUUGACAUGUUACACGCUGCGCUUGAGCGUGCUGACAAAAACCUUCCUCCAAAGCCGUUUAUGAACAAGUUAUUUCUUUUGCUGCACAAAAUGCCGUUGCAGUGUCAUAUGGUUCUUCCUCUAUUUCAAUCAUCAAAUUUCUGGUUGCUAAUGGUACUUGGAAUUGCUAUCCUUUUGGCAAUGGUGCUUCGUGGGUAUAUUUAUCAGCAAGUUUCGCCGAAACAGGAUGUGCAAUGGCAUAAGAUUCGACACUUGUGGCUAGGCUAAGUCUUCCUUUUGAAAGAAUAGAUAGAUACAUACACAUAUAUAUGUAAAUAAAUAUAGUUAUUUCCACUUCAUUACAUAACCUGGAUGUAUGCAUCCAUUUUAGUCGUUCAAACUUCAAACUUUGAGAAUGGUUUUUUAUUUUAUUACAUAUAUCUCUUAGCUUCCA